AUUAAUAACCGGGUUAAAAAUACCCGGCCCGUGAGCGCGUGCAGGGCUGGUUCUGUAGAAAGAGAGCCGCUGGUUUGAGUUGAGUUGUGUUCGGGACAGAGCCAACCUGGAUUUCUCCUUGUUUAGUCGCCUCCUCCUCCCUUCAUGACAUCAACACUGCGGAGGGAGCCGCCGCGGCGCGCGCUCUGCUGCAGAACAACGCCAGUGCGCAAAGCGGAUCGUGCGGUAUUGCUGAGCGAUUGGUGAUCUGUCAGGAUGUCGCUGUACGCUUCUCAGAUUAAAGCGUUUAAAAGCUCCGAGCCCAAAACACUUGGCGCUAUUGAGAUCAUCAUUGGUGUUUUGACUGUCAUUUUGAGCACAAUCGUGUACAAGCUGCACUAUCAUAUCCAGCGGGAAAUCAUCAUCCUCAUUGUGAAUGGCGCUCAGCUCCUCAUUACUGGUAUUCUCCUGGUGCACACUGGGAGGAAGCCGUCCAAAUGCCUGGUGCUGACGACCAUUGUUCUGCAGUUACUAACAGCAGCAUUUGAUAUUGUUGGAUUUGGGCUCAUGGCCAGACACAUCCCAUUCAGAGGAGAGUCGUACUACUACAGGGACACCGAGUGGUGUUGUGACCCACUUCACUCUGUUUGGGCUUGCUGUGGAGAAGGAGAGAAAGGGGGACAUAAAGAGUUCUUAGUGAACGGGAUCUUGGGGACGCUGAUCGGUUGCCUGGUGUUAGCAUGCAUCAUUGGUUUGGUUGUGUCUCUGUUUGGGGUCUACGCUCUUUCUGUUAGUGCCAUUAAGGAGCUGACCCCCAUCCCUCACUCCACAGCAAACCAACAUUACGGUGUUAUCGUUCAGUCCCAGAACGCAAUCCACGCUGGAAACUGACACACUGAGAGACGUUCAGAGCAGAAGGGCACAGUUUUAGCACAGUUUUACACCGACUCAAAAGAGGACUGUUUCACCUACAAACCACUCACAGGUAAACAACCACCACUACAACAACAAACUACAAAAAAAAAACAACCUUUUGUGAUGUUGUAAAUACUUUUUUCACAAAUAAAGAAUGGAUAAAAUCUCGUUUUUUGCUUGGCUCUCGCUGUCACAGCCUGUAGGACUGCUGAAUGCUCGACUCAAUAGUUAUUCGUGCCUCCUUAAUUUUCACUCUUAAAAAAAUGAAGCUUCUUAGCAUGAAACGUCCGAAUCCAGUGUUUUAGACAUGCGUUAGAAGGGUAAGUGUGCUUAUUGUUCAUAGGGUUUGUGAAUUUCAGCAUUAAGUGCGUAAAUGGGGAAUGAGAACGGUAAGAAAGUUGUGAUUUGGUCUUGUUUUUGUAGCAUUUUGUACCACUUUUUGCAUGAAUCUCUUUGUAUUAACGUUUGUUUUAGCCACAUGAGGACACACAGGGCAACAUCUAUCAAGUUCAAUCGAAUCGCAAUUUGAAUCUCUUCAAACUAUAAAAUCUAAACAUCGUAAGCAGGCCAAAUUGUGUUACAAACACGUGCUUACAUAAUAAAAGCUUGAUAAAUGUGGCCCGUGUUUAGUGAAACUCCUCUAAAGCAGAGUAUUGUGAAGUUUAAAACACCAGUGAGUAACUUAAAAAAAGCAUCGCUUGGCUUUUUUGUCAUCUCGUUUUAUCCGUACUGAUCCUUCAGGAAAGCUAUGAUGACUGCCAACUCUGUAAGUGCCACCAAUUGUGACCAAAAUCAUGGACACCUAUUGACUAAAGCUCAGAGGUUGAACCCUCGGUCAAGGGCUCGACUUUGGUGAUGUAAAAAUCCUCUUGUGGAAGCAUGUGUUGUUCGUUCUGUGUCUGUAGAUCUUCGUCUUUAUGACAGCAUGUGAGAUUUACAUUGUGCCUGUUCUCCGUGACCUCUGUAGUGAUGUGUAGUAAAACAGAAACCAUGUAGUGUGUAGUUAUAUGGCCGUGUUUGUGUUUGUAUCUGACCGAAUGAUAUUUCAAAAUAAACUUGAUUUAAUACACA